AUGGAACAUGAAUCCGGUCACUUGGAUGCCCCUUGCGAUUCCCGACCUCGAGGGCUGGGUUCGGAACCUAGCCUCGACCUCUACAUAUGCCGAAUUCUCAUGGCGCGAUUUAGCAAAGGGUCGAUGGGAGGCCUGGGCAAGGAUGCGGUCAUGAGGCCCCCGUCUAGUGAGGAGGAGACUUCGACCCCGGUUCUGAAGCCAGCGAAGGAUAAGAAGAGGAAACUGACCUCAACCUCUGAGGAUCCAAAGCCUAAGAAGAAUCCAGUUCGUAAGCCGAAGAAAGACACUGUUGCCCCGCCCGCAGAUGUGAUUCAAUGGCUAAGGGAGGAAGAAGUAGAAGAUGAAGACGAUGGCUCGGACCUGGUGGCCCGAGUGAAGAAAACCAUCGAGGCCCCAAAGGCCGCUGAGUCGGUGGUGGUUGAAGAGAUUCCGCCUCGAGCCGAGGGGGUCUUGGAAAAGGACUCGGGCAAAGUCCCCGAGUCGACGAAGAUCGAAGAUGCCUCCCGUCGAGAUGAGCAAAGGGCAGGUAUGCUUGAAGAGGCCGGCUCCGAGGCCCUUCGCAGUGAGGAGAACGCUCCAAGUGGCUCACUUGGGGCAAUAGAUAUUGGAGACUCGUCGAUUAUCUGUACGUUUUUUGAUGAGGCAAUUCGGGAGGCUCAAGCUAUGAGGACUCCCGAAGUAGACGGGGCCCAUGGAGGGGAGGACCUCUUUCAUGGUUACUUUAUUGGGGUCGAGGAUUCUACCGACCUGAGUGAAGCAUCGAGUCUCCUCGAUGAGGCUCAACAAGCCUUGAAUCGAGGUUUGGCGCUCCAUCAGGAGGCGUUUUCAAAGUUCCGAGAAGAGCUGAGCCGAUGUGAGGCCGACCUUCGAGGGCUCACGGAUGAGAGAAAUUCCCUUAAACUUCUCAGUAGGGAAACCCUCGAGGAGAUCUAUGCUCGAAGUUUCGAUCUUACCGAUGAGAUAAUAAAGGCUAAAGAGCAUGAAGCUGAUGCUAGAGCACUGGCCUCUUCCGAUAAUGAUGAUUAUGAUGGCAGCAAGAGCGAGUUUGAGAAUGGGGAGGACCUCGAUGGAGAAGAAGUUGCCCCUGAGGAAAAUUAG